AUGUCGCCCUCGUCCGUAGACGCCUCGUCCUCGGCCUCCGACUCGGAGAGCUCGCAUGUGAGAGUUGAAGAGCACGGAGCCAGGAAAAGGAGAAAAUUGUCGCCUGUCGCCGACUCGGAUUCAGAAGAUGAGCCGCAGCCAAGGUCCCUGCCUACCUCGACGCUCUCACGUGUGAAAGCGAAACAGACUGGUGUCGCCCAAAAAGAGACACCGGCUACUAUUCUCGCUUCCCAGAACUACAAAGAAAACAUUUCCUUUGCUUCUCUCAAUGUUUCACCAUGGCUUGUUGCGUCUCUCUCUGCCAUGGCCAUCAAAAAACCCACAGGCAUUCAGAAAGGCUGUAUUCCCGAGAUUAUCAAAGGCCGAGACUGCAUUGGCGGUAGCAGAACAGGUUCUGGUAAGACUGUUGCCUUUGCCGCGCCGAUUCUCCAGAAAUGGAGCGAAGAUCCCGUGGCCAUCUUUGCUGUAGUCCUAACCCCGACUCGUGAACUUGCUCUCCAAAUUUACGAGCAAUUCAAUGCUAUCGGAGGACCUCAAAAUCUCAAGACCAUCCUGGUCACUGGUGGUACCGACAUGCGCUCACAGGCAAUAGCACUGGCUUCAAGACCCCAUGUUGUGAUUGCCACUCCCGGCCGUCUUGCUGACCACAUCAAAUCGUCCGGUGAAGACACCGUCUGCGGCCUUCGUCGGGUACGCUUUGUUGUCCUCGAUGAGGCCGAUCGCCUUCUCGCAUCUGGCCGCGGCAGCAUGCUUCCCGACGUCGAGACUUGUCUUUCCGUCCUCCCACCAUCAAGCCAACGACAGACCCUCUUGUUUACGGCCACCGUCACACCCGAGGUCCGCGCUUUGAAAGAUAUGCCGCGGACACCUGGCAAGCAAGAAGUAUUUGUCUGUGAAGUUGACACAGAGGACCUGGCUGUCCCCACGACCCUGCAGCAAAAGUACCUCCAGGUUCCCGUCACUCACCGGGAAGCCUAUCUACAUACCCUUCUCCUCACCCCCGCCAACGAAUCAAAAUCCACCAUCAUUUUCGUCAACCGCACCUCGACGGCGCAGCUUCUCGAGCAAAUGCUGCGUCUUCUCGAACACCGCGUGGCAAGCUUGCAUUCCGGCCUCCCUCAGUCUCAACGCAUAUCUAACCUGGCUCGUUUCCGCGCCAAGGCUGCCCGCAUCUUGGUGGCUACCGAUGUUGCCGCCCGUGGUCUCGAUAUUCCCGCCGUUGAGAUGGUCAUCAAUUACGACGUCCCUCGCGACCCUGAUGACUAUAUCCACCGGGUCGGUCGUACUGCGCGUGCGGGACGCUCCGGUGAGAGCGUGACGAUGGUGGGGCAGAGGGAUGUGGAGCUCAUUUUGUCCAUUGAGGACAGGGUUGGCACGAAGAUGGUCGAGUACGAAGAGGAGGGCGUCAACGUCGAGACCAGGGUCAUUCGUGACGCGCUGAAGAUUGUGGGAGAAAAGAAGAGAGAAGCUUUGUUGGAGAUCGACGAGGGAAGGGAUGUCACUGGAAAGAGAAAGAAGGGGCUGGUGAAGCGCAAGAAGUGA